ACAUAUCUUUUUAUUGUCAUUUUUUUUCUGGCCAGGUCCAAAAUUUGAUUUACAAAAAAUUAUGGAUACGUUAUAGUCAUAAGAUUGUACUAUUAAGGAUUUUUAUUAUCUAUUGGGACUAACUAACUAAGAUUCUGACUAUAAAUGCUUACUUAAAAAAAACAGUUAUUCUGCCAAAAAUAUUUUUGUAUCAACCUUUUUUUAAAUAAUGUUUAUUUUAUUUUAAUUUAUUAUUAUUUUUUUUUAUUUUAUUCUAUUUUAUUCUUAGACUUACUCGCAUUGCACUGCACAGGUCUGACCACAAGAUGGCGCUUCUUCCGCACAGGACCGUAAUCAAAGGUGUAACCUUAAAAUCCUUCCCCUUGAGAAAACCUCAGAUAUUCCCUUCUGCGGUCGGACAGAAUGUCGGGCAGAAAGCCCCGGUCUGUGGCGAACCCUCUGGAGUCUGCAAUCACCACACCUAGUGAGAGGAUACUAAAGGAAUGCCACAAUUUGUAUAUCGACAGCGAAAACGGCCUGGUAAAGAUCGCCAGCUGCCUGGGAGUUCGUCUCCUCCCUCCGAGAAAGAAGAUCAUCGUGAUGAUAAUGGGUAACCACUCUGCAGGGAAGAGCUCUUUCAUUAACUGGUAUGUGGAGGAGCACAUUCAGAAAACAGGUGUUGCCAUUGAAACCCAGGGCUUUACGUUCAUCACAAGCGGUCGAAAGAGGGAGUCGCUGACGGGGAAUGCCACACUGCAUCUAUAUCCUCACUUUCGCCCACUCCUCGAGUUCAAAGGCGUCACAGACUACCUCUCUGCAGAGAUCUCCACCUCAAAGCAGAAGAAGUUCAGCUUGGUGACAUUCGUGGACACUCCCGGCUUGGUGGACGGAGACAUGAUCUACCCGUUUGACGUCAACAGCGCCAUCACCUGGUUCGGAGAGCAGGCAGAUUUGGUGUUCGUGUUCUUUGACCCGAUGGGUCAGGCGCUGUGCAAACGGACGCUCAACAUAGUGGAGAAGCUGAGUGAAAAAUGCAGCGACAAGCUGUAUUUUUAUCUCAGCAAAGCAGACGAAGCUGGCAAGGAGACGGACAGGCAGAGAGUAAUGAUGCAGAUUGUUCAGGAACUGUGUCGGCGUCCAGGUCUCAACAAAUGUGGGUUUGAGAUGCCGACGAUAUACAUCCCCAACCCACAGAAGCCGAGCAGAUGUGUGAACCAGAUUGACAGCGUUUGUCAGACGAUCGAAAAGACCAUCAACCAGGCUGUUCAGAAGACUCUGGAUCAGCUGGAGAAAGACUGUGACCUCAUUUGCUCCAGCAUCAGCAGCAGACUGGACCAGGACAGGGCGGAUGUGACUUACAACAGAAGUGUGCGUCUCCAUGCGUUUCUGUGUGGCGUUUUGGGCGUUUUCCUACCUUUCCUUUUCAUCGUCAGUUUCAUUGUGAACACCGUUUCUAAAGAGCAGCUGGAUGAGCUGCUCGGCGAAGGUCCAGCUCGCACUGUCACAGUCCUCACAGGAAUAGUGAUGUAUGGAUGGGACUGGAUACCAGAAGAUGGACAGGUUGUGUUCGUCAUCGUUUUUGGUGCUUUUUGCUACCUCCUGCUUUUCCUGGCAAAAUAUUUUGCAAGACGAAGGAAUAAAACUCUGACGAAGAAGGAGAAAAGGAAAAUGGCGGAAUACAAUGACUAUAUUCACGACAUCGUCAAAGCUAAAAAGGGUAAACUGUACGAAUGGUACCUUCAGCAGUGUGCGGCAGAAAACGACCUCUGAACCGCGGAGCAUUGUUUUCAGGAUAACCUGCACAUCAGUCAGUGUGUGAGGAGAUGUGUGUCGUCAUGUUUUCUGUUCUGUCAGUCACAGGUGUAACCUUUAAUGAUCAUCAUCUCAGCCAGCAAUUUGAAAAGUGCCUUGUUUACUCAGCACUGGACCAGCCAUGAUUGUAGAUGAUAACGUUUCUUAUCAGAACUUUUUUUUUUUUUUUUUUUUUUACAGAAAUGUUUACAAAAGGACUUUUCUCUCUUUAAGCUUAGCUUCUAAGCAAAUACUCUCAUUGUAUGGUCCUGACAGAAGCGUGACCCGUGUGAAUGUUCCUUUUGUAUGCUGACAGUGAAGCUCCAAUACUGUGAUAAUAACUGUCUGGCUAUUAUGUAGUCAUCAACCCUCCUCUGCCGAGCUCCACUCUGCCUACAAAGAGCCCAUCUCACCUGUGAAUUUUAAUGUAGUGAUGUAUUUCUGGGUUUUGUCUUCGCUUUAAGCCAUCAUUUGUUACUAAAACAAAUUUUACUUGAAUAAAAUAGUAGAUAAAGGUGAGCUAUUCACUGCCAAAUUCCUCAAUCAGUUUGAUUUAGGUUUAAAAUGUCACGUCGAUUCACUUAUUAAAUCCAUGUAAAAUUCCUAAACCAAUUUUGUUUGGUUAGUAAAAACAAAUUUAAGUCUAAGUUGCAUCUAUAAAAUUGUGAAUUCCAUUAAAAUAAAAAAUGCUCUUAGUUUAAAAAAAAACAUGAAUUGCUUUUUUACAAUUUUUUAUUAAUAUUCUAUCUUUUUUUUCUUCUAAACACAGCCCUACUUAUCAAUAACUCUCAGUUAUGCUUGUAAGCACUGAAACCUUUGCAUCUCCGGAGGCAUUAAACUGUUAAUACUCUGUAAACCUUCAUGCCAGUACUUCUCCGUAUGAAUAUUCAUCAGUCUAAACAGAUACGGUGCUCUUUUUAUUACAGGAUGCACCGAUCAAAAUCAGCACAUCAGCAUCAGAGCUAAUUUUCACAUUUUUUUUAAUUAAAUCUUGUUUGCAUGUAUUAAACAUUCAGUGUUUUUACUGUCAGGUGCAGUUAUGUAAUAAUGAUGAGAUUCAUUCGAGUAAUUGUUAGAUUUCUAAAAGCAUCAAAGUGCUGUCCCUUAUGAACUCAUUUGGGAAAAUUUGAAAUUUUGAAAACCAGAUGAAAGAAAAUAAAUCUUAAAUCACAUCUUGAAAAUAUUUUAAGCAAUAACCAUAAUUUGGGAGCCGAUCAAAGUAUUCUGACAUUUAAAUGAUCAAAUGUUAAAACAAUUAAAUGCUUCAUUUCUUAUUGUAGGAUCUUUUAAAUCCUCAGUUUUCCUCAAUUGGUUUCUAGCUAUUUUAAAAGAAAGUAUGUACAUUUUUAACCCAAAUAACUACUUAUUAAAAGAAAAUAUACUCUUUUUUUCUAACAAAGAUCCUGAUAGCGUCAUAAAACAGUAGGGUUGACAUCUUUUGUUGAGAAUUAAAACAAAAACUGCUAUAAAACCAAACUUACACUCCUCAAAUCAAACUGUUUUCAGUGUUGGUCGUCAUUAAUGGAGUUUUGAUUAACUUUUGGUGGUAAAAAUCAAUAAAUAAUGAAGUAUAUACAAAUUUUUCACAAAUGUAGUCGCUUUCUAACAGUGGUGUCUGAGAUUACAAAAUGUGAGCUUUUAAUGUUCUUUGAAUGUCGGCACCUAAAUCAAAUAAAGACACUGAAUGUUACCGGGCAUUUGUUUAAAAAAAUAAACCCUCAAAUAUUUAUGCAUAUAUGUUUUUCAAUCUGAGUUUUAAAUGGUGUAAACAAUUGGAUCGGUGCAUCUUCAUGAUUUAUCCCAAAUAUAUAUGUAUAUAUUUUAAAAAAAAACAACCUCUGGGCUGUUUGCAAUAAUAUCAUGAACUCCUUUUAGUUUGAUUUUGUGUGUCAUGUUUUCUAGACAUAUUUAGAUUUGUAUAUUUUGUGUUCUUUUAUUAGUUUUUUGUAAAUCAAUAAAAUCUUUACACUUUA